UGUUUUAACGGGAUUUUUCAACAUAUGAUUAGUUUUGCCUUUGUAGAGUCCGAAAAAUAUCAAAAUCAGCUAAAAUCUUGCAUAUAAAUAGUACUUGAAUCUUGAAUUACCAAUUAAAUUUUAUAUAAUUUAAAGUAAUUGUUCAAACCACUAAGAUUAAAAUUUUAAUACAUAAACUAAAAUAUAAAUGUGUUAAAUUGAUAUAAAUAUAUAAAAAAAAUAGCUUCUACAUAAAUACUUCUUUGUGUAGUAAAGUAAAAAUAUAUGUAAAAGGUGUAUAAUUUUAUUUGAACAAAAACGAAAAAUCAAACGUGUGUUGUUACAAAAUAAAAAAUAACGAAGUUAAUUUGUCUCGUUAAGUAAUUGUAAAAUUUCACCAAUGCAAAAAGUUGCAGCAGCAGCCCCAAAUUCUACUUCAGUUACAGGAGGAGGAGUUCGUCCACCCCAAAUAAAUCGACCACCAUCUAUACCAAACGGAACUAGUACUGCACCACCAAGAAACGUAUAUCCAGGAGGGGGAACUCAACGUCCUACGAUGACUAGUCCAGCUGGAAUUACUGGCGCUCCUUACAGAGGAGCUAAUUGGACCCAAGCAUAUCCAGCCCAACAAGCAUAUAGAUAUACAACACCAAUGCCGCAACCAGCGUAUGCAUUUGCAGCACAUCAAACACAGACUACAACCUACGGUCAACGUGUUCCUACAGCUGCAUCUCCUAGUAAUACUAAUUCUAGCAGUUCUUCAAAUACUGGAUCACAAAGUGGAACAUUGAGUACUAGUUUGAGUAAUAAUACCAACAAUACAGUGAAUACAAUGGGUCCUAGUAAUACGCCACAACAAGGUGAACAAUUAUCAAAAACUAAUUUAUAUAUAAGGGGUUUACAACAAGGAACAACAGAUAAAGAUCUAGUAAAUAUGUGUUCUCAAUAUGGUAACAUCAUUUCCACAAAGGCAAUAUUAGAUAAGACCACAAAUAAAUGUAAAGGCUAUGGAUUUGUAGAUUUUGAAUCGCCUGCGUGUGCAGAAGGAGCCGUCAAAGGGCUUCAAUCAAAAGGAAUUCAAGCUCAGAUGGCCAAACAGCAACAAGAACAAGAUCCAACAAAUUUAUAUAUUGCUAAUCUACCAUUAACGUAUAAAGAGACAGACGUGGAGAAUAUGUUAUCCAAGUACGGACAAGUUAUAUCUACAAGAAUUUUACGUGACCAACAAGGAAACUCUAAGGGAGUCGGGUUUGCUCGGAUGGAAUCACGUGAAAAAUGUGAACAGAUUAUUCAAAUUUUUAAUGGUACACAGUUGACAGGAGCCAAAGAUAUUUUAUUAGUAAAGUUUGCGGAUGGCGGAUCCAAGAAGAAAAAUGCAUUUAAGAGUCCUGAUACAACGCAGAGAACAUGGCGUGAUGGUGCUGAAGGAAUUCCUGUUGCCUAUGACCCUACACUUCAACAAAAUGGAAUAGGUGUAAAUGUUGGUACUCCAAUUGGAGUACCAUAUGGACGUUUUAAUACACCACAGCAACUUGGAAGUUACGCUAUUCCAGGUUCACAAGCUUGGGUUCCUGGCUACAUGAUGGCUCCUCAGCCAAUUACUCAGGUUGAUGAACAACAAUUUAUGCAAAUGAAUGCACAACAUUUAGGGGUUGGUACUGCUUACAAAACUGAUGGUGUAGCACAAGUACCAACACGUGGUGUGUCAAUGAUAAUGAGUACUGGAGACACAGGCGGUGCGCUUCCGUAUGGUGCAAUAAUGCCCCAAUUAACAACUCUUCAGAUAACACCACAAUCUUAUAUUAGCCCAACCUAUCAAUAUUAUCCAACACCAUCAAUAAUUCAUUCAAUGCAAAUGGGUGAAUCUGAACAAGCCAGCACAGCUGCUUCUCCUGAUGAGGCUUAUACGCAGUAUUCACAUGGACCCAAAUAAAGAAAACUUAAUCAUAAAUCGUUAUACGAGCAUUUACACAGUCAAACUUUUGCAUACAAAUAGCACAUCAUAUGCAGAAAACAUCUCUAACCAAGCAAAUAUUUAGACUUUUGUGUAUAUUCAACUGAUUCAUAACGAUUUAUAGAUUGAAGUUCAAAAAUAUUGAUAAAUAUAUAAAAUGAAUAAAUACAACAAAAUUUGACACACACAAAUCAAUGGACGAUCUGAUAAUACCUUAUUAAUUACUACAAAGAACAUUUUUAUAAAAAAGAAACAGACUCAAUAAAAAAUAGUUAAACAAGAAAGAAAGAAAAAUGUGCCAAUAGUACGUAUUAUUCAGAGAAAAAAAUUAUAGUGUAAGAAGAUCAUUGUCUCAAAUCAUCAAUUUGUCCAAAUAAGCACAAUAUUUUUUUAAAAUUUUUGAAAAAUGUAAAUAAAUGUAGAGUCCGAUCAGUUCUCGAUUAUGUUUAAUUUACGAUUUAAAUGCUAUUUUGCGUGCGAUAAUUACUGUAAUAAAGUUUCAUGUUAUAAAACCCUAUAUUUAGCCCUAGAAAAUUAUUACAUU